ACACACACACACGGGGGGGGAGACGGAGACAGACGGACAGGGAACGGCGGGGGACGGCCUCAGCUGCCCCGGACCCAGGUGGAGGAAGGGGAGCCAUGGGGAGCCUCCGGGAGCUCCAGCACCUGCUGUUGCCCCCGCCCACCCUGGGCGCACCCCAGCCCCUGGAUGCGGGCAACCUGCCCCCUGCCCUGUAUCCGUCCCUGAGCCCCCUGCGAGGGACCAACUACAGCGAGACGGCCUUCGGGGACGGGCCGCGGGCCUGGAGGCCGGACCUGGUAGACCUGCACACCGUCAGCUCCAAGCUGGUGCAACCCGGAGUCUCCGUCCCGGAGGAUGGCUCCUCCAGCGACGGCGACUCCGACUGGGACGGGGACCCUUCGGCGCUGCUGCCCCAGGACUACUUGGGCCUGGCCGUCUUCUCCAUGCUCUGCUGCUUCUGGCCCCUGGGCAUCGCCGCCUUCUACUCCUCUCAGAAGACCAACAAGGCAUCGGCCGAAGGAGACUUCCGUCAGGCCAGCGUGGCGUCGCGGCGGGCCUUCCUGCUGGCCGUCCUGGCCGUCGUGGUGGGCGCCUGCACCUACGUGGCGGCCUUGGUGGUGGUGGUGGCCUAUCUGUCUUCCAAAGACCCGCCCUAGGGUCCCACCGGUGGCCCGGACUCGCGGAUGCUCGGCCAAGAGAGGUGGGUGGGGGAGAGGGCCCGUCUCCCCCGACCCCCCGCCGCAGCCUGGCAGCAGCCUGGCACCGGGGGCGGAAGGCACCGACUCCACAUUUCGGCUCCGGGGCCCGGCCGCAGGCCCGCCGACCGGCGGCGGCCCCGUUGAGGGGGCUGCAUUGGCCUCUCCCUUCUGGGGGUCCCCUCUGCUGGGCACCGGCCGGCGGGAGGGGUCGGAGGGGCCUCCCCCGCCUCCCACCCCAGCACGGGCCAAACCAAAGCAUUAAAAAAACGCAACAAAAAAGCAGUCGAAGCUCCAAGAGUGGUGGAUGG